CGUUACUCAACCGCGCGUAUUACGUAUUGGUUCAUAUAUUUUUAAUUUUCCAUUUUACUUUCGUCUUAAAAAUGCAACGAGCUCGAGUAGGCUCGCAGCUUGCCAUUGUAGCUGUAGGUCCGAACGAUACGAUCCAGACGACCGGGAGGGAGAUAUACCGAAUCGCCGAUCGGUUUGCCGACGGUUCAGUUGCCACGCGGCGGCAGUUCGUGGUGAUCGGCCGGUGUGAUAGGAUGGUGACCGUGAUCGCCGUACGAUGGUUUGCCAAGGCGUUGGGCGUUACGCUGCUACUCUGGUGCUGCGCCAACCAAAUUCAACCGUGUUCCGGUGCCACCGGUAGUGGACAGGCCGGUUCCGGGUUGGGUCUCGGUGGUGGCGGUGGUUCCUGGUUGGAUAAGUUCAACAAGCUGCUGAGUCGCUCCAAGAGCCGCAAUGCCACGGAAGAUAACGAAGUGCUCGAUUCGAGGGAGUUCGACUUCAUCAUCGUCGGUGGCGGUACGGCCGGUAUGGUGCUGGCCAGUCGGCUGUCAGAGAACCGUGACUGGAAGGUGCUACUACUCGAGGCCGGCCAGUACGGGUCGAAGCUGUUCAACAUUCCGAUCGGCUUCCAGCUGGCCGUCCUCUCCGAUGCCUACAACUGGCGGCUGUUGAGCGAAAAGCAGGAGAACGCGUGUUGGGGUACGAUCGAUGGCCGGUGUCCGGUCGAUGUCGGUAAGGGCGUCGGUGGAUCGACGCUCAUCAACGGACUCAUCUUCUCGCGCGGCAAUCGCGACGACUACGACCGUUGGGCGGCGGCCGGUAAUGAGGGUUGGUCGUACGACGAGGUGCUCCCGUACUUCCAGAAGAUGGAGAAAGCCGUCGGUGACGGUAUGAGUCCACCGUACCGCUCGACGGCCGGACCGCUGCGUGUCGAACGGUCCGCCUUCAAGUCGGAACACGCUUCGCUCUUCAUGGAGGCGGCCAAGGCUGCCGGUUACCGAACGGUGGACUACAACGGUCCGACACAAUUCGGUAUUGCGCCAGUACAGGCCACCAUGUCCAAGGGUCAACGGUUAACGUCGUACGCCGCCUAUCUGCAGCCGGUCCAGAAAAAGCGCACGAACCUCAAAACGUUGACCGGUGCGCUGGUGACACGGAUCGUGAUCGAUCCCGAAACGAAAGUGGUCCAAGGUGUACAGUUUACGCGCAAUGGCGAAACGUUUGAGGUGCGUGUCCGCAAGGAGGUGAUCCUGUCGGCCGGAGCCAUACUGACGCCCCAGCUGCUGAUGGUAUCCGGUGUCGGUCCCCGGGAGCAUCUGGAAUCGUUCGAUAUUCCGGUGCUGGAGGAUCUUCCGGUUGGUGCUGCCCUGUACGAUCAUCUCGGUUUCUCCGGGCUGCAGGUGGUCGUGAACAGUACGAAUCACUUCGCACCCGGCGACAUUCCGACGUUCGAGAACUUUUACGAGUAUCUCAAGGGUAAAGGGGUACUGACGGUACCGGCUGCGGUAGAGCUCGUGACCUACCCGAACCUGACGCUCGCUGGUCGCCGGGGGCCGACACUGGAGCUGAUGAAUCUGAUCAGUUCGUUCGCGGUGGAUAAGGGUACGACGGCUAAGAACAGUGUGCGGAUGAGGGACGACAUCUACGAGGCGGUUUAUCGGCCGCUCGAGACGAAGAACCACUUUACGAUCAUCGUCCAGAAUCUGCACCCGUUGUCGCGGGGUACGGUACGGUUGCGGUCCGCCAAUCCGGCCAAACCGCCCGCCAUCGAUCCGAACUAUUUGGCUGCCGAACUCGAUGUGGAGGUGAUGCUGGAGGGUGUGCGCGAAGCACAGCGGGUGCUGGAGACGGACGAGAUGCGACGGCACGGGGCGACGGUUUGGUCCGGUGCGCCGCUCCCGAACUGUGCCGGACAUGAGCGCGAUUCCGACGAUUACUGGCGGUGCGCCAUCCGGACCGUUUCCUUCUCGCUGACCCACUUCAUGUCGAGCUGCAAAAUGGGGCCACCGACGGAUGACGAGGCGGUCGUUACCCCCGACCUGAAGGUGUACGGGCUGGAGGGUUUGCGCGUCGUCGACGCGAGCAUCAUCCCGGAACCGGUUUCCGCGCACCCGAUGGCGGCCGUCUACAUGAUCGCGGAGAAGGCGUCCGACAUGAUCAAGCGGGAGCACCGCAAUGGCCGAUAG